AUGUUCUUGGAUACGUCGCGUCGGCCGGGAAUGCCGUCGCUGCUUCAAUCGUCGGUGGUUCCAGCGGCGCAUAGUGGUUCGUUCACGAGCUCCAAGGGACAAGAAUAUUUUUUGGCGGUAAAGGGGUUCGAGGCGACGCUGAGUGACAGCAAAAAGAAGUACGUCGACAAGGCGAAUGCGCUUCUGGCAGCCUGGGAGCAUGUCGGCAAUUAUAUUUCUGUGGCACCGCCCGAGGCCAUCCAGUCUCUCAUAGAAUGGGCUCACAGACAUACAUUGACAAUUGUAUUGCGCGGGGAGUGGCCAAAAUUGUCACCAGCCUCCAAAACACACCUCGACGUACUGCUGGCGAGGUGUAUAACUCAACUGGUGCAACAUCCCGCUGCAUCCAGAUGUACCACUUUGCGGGCUUUGGCGAACAAUCCAUGGACGCAUCCCGGCCUCGACAGCAUAUUUAACGGCCAACCGGAUUCCGAACAUGAGGAGGAAUUCUGCUGUUCGGAGGAUGGCGAGCUGCUGACGAUGAGACUGAAGAUACUCUGCGAGGACCGCUGCGAGGACAUAGCGGUGAACCUCGCCGCCGCGUGCGUGCGCUCCCUCAGACGAAGCGAUCAGCUGCGGUCACUCUCGGAGUCUCAUCAUGUCCACUACAUGAUCGACGUGUACAUCGUCCUCUUGUACAAAUUGAAACGCACGCAAGAUAUUUUCGCUCAAUUAAAAUUAAUGGACCUCAACGACGGGCUUGAAUUGGUCCAAAGGCUUAGCGGUGAGAAGCCAACGAAGUAUGGAACGGCGCGUGUUUGGAGAAAUUCGAUAAAGGCCGCGGAAUUGGUCGCGCAGUAUCUCGUUACUGCCGGGAUGGUUCGACCGGUAUCGGAAACCGGUGCAAAUAUUUUGGAGCAGAUUUUGAACUCUUGGGCACUAUUGCACGCAAAAUUGAAGGACGUUGCAUUGACUUUGCCUGGCAUGAUCAGAAAAUUAAUUGAACCCGCAGAAAGUGCUCAACAUAUUUAUAUCUUCUGUGCAGUACUUGCAAAACAUUUUGGCGAUAGUAUAAAACCAUUGGUGAUCGAACUAUACAUCAGAGCGUUAACAACAGAUAUGAACGAACUGGAGAAUCAGAAGGCGAAGUCGGACAAGGACAAGGUGCGGGAGACCGCCAAGCGUCUGAGUACGCAAUUCCUUAAAUUGGCGGACGUAGUAGACAGCAGUAUUGGCAUCGCAAGAGAAUGCGUUUUGACGGCAUUCUCCUUACAUCCUACCAGAACCUGUUACGACAGAAUAAAGGAAUUGGCGGUGGCGUGUGGAAAGGUGAAGGAAGAUGGCGGUUUGCAGGAGAUUAAAAUCAAGAAGGAACCCAAGGAAAUUAUAGAAGACGAUCAUCUUCCUAUAUCAGCCAUUGAAGUUGAAAUAAAAUCCGAGUUAAUAGAAAAUGAUAAUGUCACGGAAACAUCCUUAAUACCUUCGCUAAGUUCGGCAGUUUCGGAAGUGCAGUCAUUGCAUCAAAAUUUGACCGUCGCAAAAGGCGUAGAUUUUCAAAACGAUCACGUAACGAAAACAUUUGAACGGACUGAUCAGUUGUUAAAGAGUCUGUUGACGACAAAGACUCCCGACAUGAGAUCGCCUGACAUGACAAUACCAACAACAUCAACUAGUAGCAAGUGUCCAUUACAUUUGAAGCGUGAAUCUUCAUCCGAAAUGCUGGGCGAGCUCUGCUUCAAUUGUGACGAAUUUUCCGGCAGUAACCAACUGAACGACGAUAAAUCACAAUUAGGCGAAACGAGUACGAUAUCAGACAACGUAGAGAGAACGUUAGACGCGUUGAUCCUGAUCAAGGGCGACGCGGUAACAGGCUCGGCAAAUUACGAUGAAAAGUCUGUGCCCUGUCAAAUUCUAGACGGUAAAAAAUUGGGUUUGUCACCGCAACUAUGCGACGAUCUAGCUGUAGUAUUGAGUAGUCCGCGUUACCAUAUGCUCAGCUGGGUGCUGGAUUGGAAGGAGUUGAAGAAUUUAUGCGAGCGAUAUCUGGAGAACGCUGAAGAAAUGCGUAAUACAAACAAGGAGCUUAAAUAUCUGAACAUUGAUUACUCGCAGUUUAAGGAUUGGCCAUCGGAAGACGAUACUAAGGAUGUCUUUUUCGGCAUUGAGAAAGGCUAUGAGCAGUGGGUUGACCUACCGUCCGAUAGUUCCGAGCAAUUCGGUAGCUUUCAGCCGGCGGCAGGCUAUAAACGUUCGUCGGUGCGUCGUAGUUUAGAUGAUACUACCACGGACUCCGACAGUGGUAGUGUGUUGCGAGUACCACGACGUACCGCACGAGCGCGGAAGAUCCAAUUGGAAUCAUCCGAAAGUGAAUAUGACAGUGUUGAACAUAAACCAAAGCAUUUUAGAAAUAGGAUCAGCUCGGUAUCGGAUAGCGACAGUAAUACGCAGGAUAGUCAGACUGACAGCUUGGGUAGCGAUGGUUGUCGGUUAGAAAACAAAAAGAAAUCCAACAAAUCUAGCAGCAAGGAGCCCAGUAAGAAACGUUCGAAGCCAUCGAAGCUCAGCGUCGACUCUGUCUCACAUUUUCAUAUGUUAGUAAAUGACGAAGUGCGACAUUCGAAUACACAUGAGGAUGCCAGUGGCUCUGACGUUAGCAGCAAUGACAUCAUCACUCUUUUUUCAGCCGACAUGGACGAAAACAAACGUGAGACGAUCAAAGGAUCAGCGUAUACUGCCGCGGCACCAUUCAUUAUUACUGAAAGGCGAAGCGAUCCAGCAGUGCUCAAAACUCUUAGGAUGUUCAGGCCGCAAAGCUCGAAAAAACCAACGAGGAUCUCGCAGAUUCUGCAGAAGAAUCUGUUAAAUAAGAACAAAGAUACUAACAACGGCAACCGGACAGAUGCCGAGCAACAAGCAACCAACAACAUUACAAAAUUUGCGCCCUUGUUGAGUACGCUAAAUCUAAAUCCAAAGAUUGUGCUGACACGCGCGGACGAGGCAGAUCUUAAAUUGGCGAGCCGUGGUAAAAAACCUCAGCAGCGGUUGAGUAGUGGUGACAUUACCAGCGAGUUGAUCAACAUACAGAAGACAAUGCCGUUCUCCUCAAAUAACAAGGGUGUAAUAACGUAUCAGAAGAAAAAAAAUCAGCGUGCCGCAAAUGGCAAGAAUAACGCCAAUGAAAAGAGUUGCCCCGUGAUAGUCGACGGAUGUCGCGACAAUCGUCAUUUCGUUAAAUCCAACUUUAGUAAGAACAAAUAUGGUAUUCUCGAUAAGGCCGUUAGGGAUUCCGACAUAUUGGCCAAAAAUGUGCCUGGUCUGAACUCAUUGGAUAUGAUGGUACCGCCGCGGCAGCGUUCCACAGUGAAUGUUGUCCAGUUCUCCAGAAAUAGUGUGCCGCAGAGCCCGAGUUCCGCCACGAGCACAUCGACGGUCAUUAGCGUCAGUGGCAGCACGCCUCCGCGGCCGACGCGCACCCCAAGCGUGGCAAGCAACCAAAGCAGUAGUGGCGGUGGCAACAGCAGUAUACAGCUGCCAGGUACCCCGUCUUCAACAGGCGGCCACGACAGCGGUGUCGGCAUGAGUCCAGCGGGCCAGACACCACCACUCAGAUCAUCAUCAAAUCUUGGGACGCCCGAUACCAUCGGCGAGGAGGGCAAUCAGCCAUUGGAUGCCGCAUCACCGACGACUAUGGCUACCAACAACAUCUCAGUAGUCCAACUCGACAUUGCUGCUACCGAAUCGUCAAGUCCGGUGAGAACGAUAACGCACAUACGUCGCGCAAGUAAUCAACAGAACAAUCAAUCACCGAAAAAGUCACCCUCCUCGCCCGCAAGCGCGGGGGUGAUCACAGCCACAACAAUGACUACGGCGACGACCACGAUGUCUUCGGGUGGACUAAUUACGUCUGAGUCAUUAAAGGUUAUCUGCAAAGAUGGCAGUUACCAUUUGUCAUCUCGUAAUCCCAAUCAAAUUAUCUCCAAUCAGAGAAACCUUUUAGGCCUGCAAAAUUUGGAGGACAGUAGCGGCACAAACUUUACGCGACAGACAACUCAACGCGGUGCAGAUGUGACAGGCGGUGCAUCAUCCAAUAGAAAUACUUAUGAUCGACUGACCGGCACUAGUCCCGUGAAGAAUACGUCACAGACAGGCCAGAAUGCCGGUCUGCCCAAGUUCCAACAGGCCUUCCGUAAAACUCCUAUGUACAGUCUGUCAGCCGAUGCGACUGCAAGUGGAGUUGCCAAUGCUGCGACAGAUACAUCGCUUAGCGGCGUUCAACAAACGACGACGACAUCUCCGCAGAAGACAACGACGAAUCUGUCAAAAGCGGUACAGACAUCUGUGCCAAAUAAUCAACCUCAACAACAACAACAGCAAGCGAACGCUGGAAACGUCAACGUACAAUCGAUCAUUCCGAAUCUGCAACUGCCAUCCGGCAGAUCGAUCGUUAAUAUUGUACCGAAUUCCGGUAAUAAUGGUCCAGCGAACGCCUCCAUCGGUUCGAAUCAGGCCACAAAUCAAACGCUCACACAACUUGUACAGAAUGCCACCUCGUCGAAUACCGGUGUUAUAUACGCACACAAAGUGAUAACCAGCAAUAAUCCGAAUCAACUUAACAUCCUCCCACCAGCGAUCAUAUCGCACGCCAAUUCGGUACCGAGUGGCAGACCUCCCGUAGUAAAGGUUAACAUCAUCCACCGUGGUGCUCCAGUCAGACAACCAAAUCUCACAGGAACUAUACAGGCUGUCUUGACACCGAGAUUGCAACAACAGCAACAACAGCAACAGCAAGCUGUGAGAACAGACAGUCUAAUCGGUUCUCCGAUUGAGGUAAAUCAAGUGAGCUCGACAACUCUGGAACAGUUACGGGAGUUCGAGAGUGUGCUGGAGCAAGUAAAGGAGAGAAGUAUUCAACCGCAGCAGUCUCAUCAGUCGAUCUCUAAUAGCGCGACUACAACAGCUGUGCAGACGCAGACUACCACGCAACAGACUCAGGCAAGCAAACGGCAACAGAUAUCCGUUAGUACUUUGGCGCAACAACUGAUGAUGCCGACGCAAUCCAGCGCGAAUAGCGAGCCAUUUGCCAGCAACGGCAAUAAUGUGGCAUUUCAACAGGAAUCUGUAUACUCGCAGAAGGCGAUCUCUUUGACUUAUGUGAAUCCGAACAGCGGUACCGCCAAAGUAGCGACCAAUUCCACACCGGUUGUCGUGGUCACCAGUUAUUGUCCAGCGGCGUCGCCGGCACUGAGCGUCACAUCUCAGAGUUCCUCGAGUCCAUGCGUGACACCGGCGCCAGCGCCGAUACCGGCCGGAAAAACACCAUCGACGUCGCCGUCCACCGCAGCUGGGACCACCAGCGUCAAAACCAAUGUGAAAAAAUCAACACCCAAAGUAGUGAAGAGUAGCGCCACCAAUACAUCUAAGGCAUCACCUAUACCGAAACCACAACAGAAACCGCAGGAAGACGAGCAGACUGCCCAAAGGAUCUAUGCGAUUCUCGAUGAGUACGCUGAACAACUGAGAAACUCGCCGGAUCUCAACAACAAACCGGCGCCUCGUAGAAGAUCCAAUCCGCCGACUAAUCCGAAUCAAUCGUCAAAGAGAAAGAAAUCAAGUUCCAGCAAAGCUAAGCCGGCGGGACAGCAGACUUCUGAACUGAGCCCAACUACAGACGAUCUUGGUAGAACUAUGGGUAGCGAGGAUUCGUCUAGUGGUAUUGUACAUGUACAGGACAGUCCAGCUGGUUUUUCUGCACCAGAGGAGCCAUCAAGCGCGGAAGCGAACGUAGAAGUUCGCAAUUUGACGAAUGACGACAUCGAAUUAAACGUGAAGCGGCGUAAUCUCAUCUUUACGGAGCCAGGCUCGGGCCAACCGCGUGCGUUAAUUGUUCAAGAAACGUUGCAGUCCGGCUCGGUGAGUGUUAGUGAGGCGAUCGCCUCAGUUACGGGCAAGCAGUUACUGAUGCCUACCAGUUUCGUGUUACCGUUGAUGAAGGGCACCCAGCAUCAACUUACUAUAGUAUCCGGUUCUAAAUUAUUGACUAUGCCGACUGUACGCACGGCCAGUGGUACUACAGUUCCCAACACUCUACUGUUACAGUCCAUCCUCAAUCAGAACAAACUUCAUGUUCAACAACCGCAAACUGUCAAACAGAUGAAGAUGCAACCUACUCUGCAGACGUUAUCGAACAACAAUCAGACACUAACUGGCGCGCAGAAUGUUCAGAGCACACCCGUGGUAAUAUCGCAGACCGGAAGUACACAGUUUACUGGAGAGGUAGGUACUGUGACUGUGUCUACGUCGGAUAAACCGAGCGUGAUCAACGAUCUGACAUUGAAGAAUGAUGUCGCUGCUAACGCGAUGACGGUCGAAUCAACACCGACAAACGCCAUUGUGGUGAAUAAAAACAAUCCCACUCUCAGUCUGAUCGGUACUCGGAAUAUCAACGAAAUAUCAGACAAUCAACAAAUAUGCGGCGUCAUCACCAGCAAUCCGACGCUGCAGAGUACGAGAUUCUUCAACUCGAACAUACAUAAAUUAUCAUCUAACCUGAAAGCGGAAAACGUGGUCUGCAUUGCGCCAGCUGCUACGGUUUCUCAUUCGCCGGAAAAGAAAUCUCAGGAUGGGAUACACACCGAGAAACCGGUAUCUCUUCAGACGGAUGCCAUUACGCUUGCCUUUACUCAGCAGACUGAGCAUAUGAACGCCAUGCUAAACGAUGUGAAUCAGCAACAGCAGAAGGACACGAAGGAAGCGUCUACCGAGAUAACAUCCGGUACCAAAAUUAUUUCACCAAAAAUGUUAAAGAGAAAAUUCGACAACACUAUCGGUAUACAAGAAAACAUAUCGUCGAGAACUUUGAUCUCUACGAGCAUUGCCACAUCGUUACAGAAUAAUACGAAAAUUGAUUCUAUGUCUUGUAUUACUUCCUUAAACAAGCAAUCGAGCGUUAUCGAUAGCACAACACAGUUUCUGGUAACCGGUGGACCGAGCAGUUCAGACAGUCAAGAGUCAUCUGUACAGCAAUCUACCGAGACAAUCGAUGGAUCCUGUAAAGUUGGGAAUGGGCUGCUGUAUGAAACACGUUUACAAGAGGCAUGGGAAUCGGAAGGAAAGAUAUCGCCGGAUACACCAUGGAGAUAUGUUCCUACACCGAUGAGUGUACUAAACAAUGAGCCGUUGAAAACAUAUUCCAGAGACGACAACUCCGAGAGCGUACUGCAGAUUAUCAACAAGGGCCAGGGCAUCGAAAUGGCAGCCGGACAGAUCUAUCCAUCGAGCGUGAAAAAGUACUUCAUGAAUCACACUUUAGAUACUUCAUAUUCCAGCAAGAAUUUAAAAUCGCAGCUGAAUCCUAGAUUGGAUCGCGAACUAAUGCAGCAGAGGAUAGAGAGAAAGACUCCAUACGAACUCAAGGUACAAAAGAGCUUAUCGGAGGAGUGCGAAGAUUUAGGAGUUGACGAACCUAGCACUAGUGAGCUGUUUCCCGAAGCAGAUCUGUUAUUCGACACGAAUCAUUCUCCGUCGUUCGAUCAUUCCUCGCAGGAUGCGUCCUGCAGUCAGCCUCUGGGCAUGAAACCGUACAACAGCUCAUACUUUCGGUCUCUGGACUCAUCUAGUGGCAGUAGGGACGCCAGUCCAACAAACGAUUUCAAGAUGAAUGAACGCAAAAGGAAUGUGAGUCAACGCGCGAGAGCCUUAAAUUCAUCAAAGAGAGGAAAGCGAGAGAAGGAGGAUCUGCACUUGGACAUUUCGGCGAAACAUAUGCGAUUGACCUUGGACAAUCUAAGUCAAGAUGAAGCAUCGAACAGCAAUUCGGAUAUUUCCAGACUAUCACCCGCAAAUCUUGGCUCUUUGGAAAACGAUUCGUCAAAAGAUAUGACUCAUCGUGUGAAACUGACCUCGAGGAUUGGCUCGAAAGAAGGAACACCCAGCAGUGUGUCCAGUAUACCAUCUAACAUGAAACUGGACAUCGACUUAGAUUCGGAAUCGUUGCCACCAAGCGUUAACGUUAACAACACUUCGGCAGUAAGUUCGGGCGACGAAAGUUUGACUCUUUUGAGCAGUAAUACUGCGGACCAUCAUACCAUACCGUCGCCAUUGUCACCGUUGGUUGCGGCCGGGCCGCUGCUCUCCACGCACAAUAAGUACACAUAUGCCAACAAAAAGCGCGUAUCAUCGUCUAAGAUGCGUAUGGACUACAUGGCAUGGGAGAGCCCAAUGUCCGAGCGCACAAGAUCCAGCAGCGACGAUGAGGACUCCAGCAUCAGCGAGUCUAUCAGUAGCCAAUUGGAAGAUAACAUCACGUUGAGCAAUGGCCUGGAGGAUAGUGUACAAACGUUAAAACCCUUGUCGUCUGAUCGGCAUUGCACCUACAUAAAGAAAAAGGACAAACUGCAGGUGAAUGCUGCAAGAGUGAUCUUGAAUCGCGCCGAUCAUAAAUCGACGACAGCAGCAGCGACGGCGCUUCCCAAACGAAUUCCCAAGGUUGAAUCGAUAGCGAUGACAGAGUCAAUGGUAAUAUCAAGUGACAAGGCAUCGGAGGCAUCGGAGGACGAAGCGAGUAAUAUUGUGAUGAUGGAACCGACAGAUUGCCGCGCCAGAAGAUCCAGUUUGCGUUGUCACGUAAAGAAGAAUUGCGCGUGCUGCAACGGUUCGCCGGAACGACCGAAAAAGAAGACGACGGCAACAACGAUCAAAUCGACGGAUCACAAACUGAAGAAGCGGUUGCCAUCGAAGCAGCCCGGCAAGAAGAGGUAGUCCUAGCGAUCGAACGCUCGCGCGAGCAUCGCAACGUGUUGUUAUAUCAUUAGCAUGUCGUCGUCGUCGUCGGUGGUUUACGAUGCGACGAUGAUGCGGGCGUUUUAGCGCGAUCGAAACCGGGCCGGGAAUUUGACACUUUUCGCUAAAAAAAAAACAUGAUUCAGACAGCGAACAAUUUUAUUCGCGGAAAAAAUCUGUAGCGAUGGCAUUGUAAAUAUUAUCAAAAACGCGCUUAGACGCAAGUUCCGUGAAUCUAUCACACCUAUAAUAUUUGGAACAUUCGGCAGCUGCACUAAUAUCUGCAGAAGGCAAGCAGGCUUAAGUGCGAGCAAAAGAAAUAUUCUCCAUGAGUUUAAAUUAACAAUGGAUCUACUUCACGUCGAUAUGUGUGCUGUAUGCAUAUUAAUGUAUGUAUGAAUGAAUGCGUGAAAGAAGAGAGAAAGAGAGGGAGAAAAAGGACGGAAGUAUAAUAGACAUACGAUUUACUACUAAAUAGUUCUCGUCGAUAACAGUAGAUCCCUCUACCAUUAGGUGUUAAUUACGAUAUUAGAUUGUAAGGUACAGAUCAUUUAUGUAUGACAGACUUAGAUUUUAAAUCGUUAAGGACCGUUUUAGCGAUGCAAUCUAGUCAAGUCGUUUUUGUGGCAAGGAAUAGGCGAAGAGUGAACAAAGCGUUAAGGUAAAAAGAGCAAGCAAAACCAUAACGAUCAUUAAUAGAUCCCUCGCAGAAUAAAGAGAGAGAGCCUGAAUUUAUAUAAUUCAAUUUACAGUAUGUCUAUCAUGGCAAAGCUAUUCCACGUUGUAACAUGGUGUGGUCAGACUGAAUAGACAAAUAAUAAAAAAGAGUUCUCUUUCCGAAAAAAAUAUUAGGAUUUAGUAACAAGGACAUGCGGUUUUCUUGGGAGCCGCAUCCGUCUUUGCCUUUCGUGUAAUGCUUACCUAUAUCUGUAUAAUUCUAACUUUAUAUAGAGAGAAAAUUGCCGCUGUAAAUUCUCGGCACUCUGCUCUUAGACGACCCACGAAAAACGCGGAGUUAUUUGGAUAAAGACGAUAACGCCCGAUUCAAGCGCGCGAGGCGUAUGAAAUGGGGGUUAGAAAACAGAAAGAAAAAAGAUGUAGAGUGGCAAUAAUAUAUUCUACGGAUCAUUCUAACAGCUGUCUGUUGUACGGCCCGACCAUACCUUGUCAUGGUGCAUGUAAAAAUCCACGAUUGUACAUUGCGUAGAUAAUUCAUUAAAAAGGUAUAAUAUUAUAUAUAUAUCGCUGCACUUUAGUACAAAAACGCUUCACUUUGUUUCAGAUGAGAAUGAUAGAUUUAUUUAUAUCGUAUCUCCGUGUGCUACCGUGAAACGUGUGAAUGCCUGCAAAUUUUACUAUGGACUUACUCUAAAAACUUGUAACUUGUAAAAGCUCGUAAGAACGGAAUAGGCUGGGAGUAUAAGUUUAUCUAACAUUUCGUUAUUGAUAAUUAUAAUUAAUGAAAAUGUACGUCGGGCGCUGAUAUCCAUUCCAAAAAUUUUUAUCCCAGCGCGCGAUAUAUAUGUAUAAAUAUGUAGA